UUUAACACUUACAGUUAAAAAAAAAUGCAAAAUCCACCGUGUGCAGUAGUAACUUUUCUACAAAAACGUCAUGUAUGAAAGUAAAACACUAACGGGAACAUUUCACUGUACAUCAGGUCUUAUACUUUUAAUGCUUGUGUAUAUUAUGCUGAUUUAAGGCUACUUAAUGACUAUUAAGUGAGUAAAAUUUUGAUUGCGGGACAUAUUUUUACUUAAUUCAAACAUCUGAACACUUGUUCCACUCACUGGUUGGACUAUAAUAUCUCAUACGGUGUCACUGCCUUAUUUAUAGGCUAUAAUUAAACUAAUACUAGGCUGUAAUCCUCUGCCUGGCCCUCCCAAACGUUCAGCUAAUUGUGUUUUUAAAUGUAAUAAACCAUUGUGGGUUUUGCCUCGCAGAAGUAGCUCACCUGUAGCGGGUUUUUUUUUUUUUAAAUCUCCUUUUCAUCAUGAAUAUCACGGAUGUUGUGAAACACGAGUGAACUGUCGUACCUGCCAAAAUGGCCGCCGUGGCCACGCCCUCGACACUACCUGUGCCUCGACAGCAGCAGCGGCACUCCCUCCCCGCCGACACACUCACACUUUACAGGAAGUGCAGCGGCCGAGUCUCAACAGAAACGACCACAGAAACUUCACGUAGCUUCAACCGGAGGGGGAAAUGUGGCGCACGAAGGUCGCAGCUCCGGACGAGAAGCGAUGAAAUGCGCACCGACUUCCCUCAGGAUCCGAGUUAUAGAAACACUGUAGGGCAGCAUGUCCUCAUCAAGAGCCGCUCUUCACGUCUUACUUCUCACAGUCAUCGUGUCCACUGUGCCAGGAGUCCAGAGGAAUACAGUAACCCCUGAUCGAGGCACAACUCUCAAUAUUAGCACUACUCAGGUCAGAGGUUGCAAAGUAUGCACCGGGGCAGGAGGUUCACGACAAUGCACUACAUCCCUCCUGCUGAAAGACAACAAACCUGUACAAGUGGAGUUUGAUUGCUCCAGACCUCAAGAUGUGUUCAGCGUGGAAGUUGUACGAAAUAUUGAAUGUUCCACAAAGUCGUGCAGCAGCCACAUCAUCCAGGCCGACUCCGGCUCGCUUCCUUUGCAGGACUUUGCCCGUAGGUUCACCUGGAACCUGAACACCUCUGCGCUGAAAGCGUUCAAAAUAGACUUCACCAGCGUCGGCCUGAGACAGAUUAAUGCAUCGGAGAGAUGUCCAGACAGACACAGCUACACCAUCCAUGCCUUACAGUCUUCAGGGGACGUGGCCGUAGGGACAUACUGCCGAACGGGGCCUAUCAGAAGUGCUCAGAUACUGAAUCAAGGCAGCUUUGCUGUGGAGGUCCCAGCAGGGCAGAAGCUCCAAAAUGGCUGGUUUGAUGUGUCUGUCGGGGAGGAAAUCAAAUCUCUUGCAAAAAUCACCCUCACUCUACCAAAAGGGACCUCGUCCGCAGAGUUGCUCUCUCCAAACUAUCCGGGCAGUUUUCCUGACGAUGAUGUGAUGGAGUGGUACUUUCAGGUCCCGGACAAACACAAGACGACCGUUGAGUUCUUAAAGCUCACACAGCCGCUUUGUAGGAAGAAGGACACAGAAGUGGUGUACCAGAGCAGAGGGGGACCAUCGUCCGGGCUGAGGCUGACGGACACCCAGCCGCAGAGGAAGGGAAACUUCACCCUGACGCUGAGGAACUGCGAGAUGGAUAGAAGCCGUGCUGGUUCUCCUGGACUCUCCCUGAGCCUCAGGGUGUCUACGAGUUCCCAAGUGUCGUGCAAAGUGGAUGUGAGCAAAAUGGAGGGCCUUUCUCUUCACAUUGAGAAACAGAGAUCGGCCUCUGACUGCCAGAUGAGAGUAAACUCCGCAUUGAGGGAGACGAUCACAGUCACGUCAAACAGCGAGCUGACAUUCCAGCACUGCCUCCCUGAAGACGUACAGGUCACCGCCACGAGAGUCAUAGAGUGUAGGCAACUCAAGGACUGCUCAAAUACCGCAGUCCAUCUGUCGGUGCCUCUGCUGCCCCCCUGCCUCCCCGCCCCUCUGAGCAGCGUGACCUGGACUCUCCGCCCACCUGAGCACAGCACCGUGGAGCUCACCGCUCCCGCUGGAAACCUCAAGCAGUGCCUCCCAGGGCAGCGCUGCAACGACAGCUUCAUUAUCAAAAUGACCGAAGACGACGGCACUACUGUUGGGCGGUACUGCCCUAAUGGAGUCAUACAGAAGGUCCAGGUCCGCACCAACGUGUCUGUCUCUGUGUCCGGCACGUUGGGCGGUAAAGCGACGCCUGUGCUGUAUGCCAAAAUGAAAGGGGCGAUAUCAGAGAGAUACAUCUUCAGUGUGUCUCCAAAGAGAGACGCUCCCGCUCUCUUGGCCUCUCCUGGUUGGCCGGAAGGGAUGAAGUCUUACUCCACCGUCUCCUGGAUCGUCACCGUUCCCCCAAAGAUGGAGGCCCACCUGAUGUUCGCCAACCUCAGCCAGCCCAAGUGCAGCAACCGCCACACCAACAUCAGAGUGCAGAGGGUCGGCCGGCUGGAGGAGGACUACAGCCGCAGGGAGGACGAGACGCCCGAGGAAGAGAUCACCGUCUCCGCGAGCUUCUACCUCAACAUGUCCAACUGCAUGCCUGAAAGAGGACAAUUUAGCGUCAUCACCAAGAUCACCCUGCAGAAGAGCAUAAACCGUCUGCUGACCAUCAUCCUGAGUGUGGUGGCUUCUCUGUUGGUCAUAUUCGUCAUUGUGCUGGUGGUGGUCUGUGUGGUGAUCAGGAAGAAGAAGAAGAAGCUGAGUCAACAAGUUUCCAUCUACAAUCCAAACGGCACCAUCUUCCUGCCGGGACUAAACGGUUUCCCAGAAACACGCCAAGACAACGAUGAACACGAGUACGCCUCUAUUGAGGACACACUUGUCUACACACACCUGCUGAGGAAGGGGAAAGAGAUCUGUGUCUACAGAGACUUCGACACAUACCAGCCCUUCACAGGGCGCAUGGACUCACAAAGACCCCUGGUCUCUAAAGACUCCAUCGCUGACGACAGGCAAGCUAGCAAACAGCCGUUUUCGAUCUCAUCUCAACAGGCUCCUCCACUUCCCAUCAGGCCUUUGAGCCACGACCAGCGCCUGGUGGACAAUGUGAUUUACCAGGGCGAGGGCCAGAGUGACGAGGAGCGCUCUCCGAGCCUGGGGCCGCGGCUGGAGCCGGAGGGAGGGAACUGAGGAGAAGAUUGGAUUCGGCUUUUUCAGCUUUUCACUUGACCUACUUGAACUUUGAGAUAUUCAUUCCCUGGCAUCUGUGUGAUUACCUGAUGUUCAGCCUUUUCAAGAACCUUUUUUUUUCUUCUCUUUUUUCUCAAGAGCGUGGUUUUGCACCAAAGCCAGGGACAGAAAAACACUGUGUUCAAACCUGCCUGCAGCUGUUACCGUAUUUUCUCUCAGAUGAAGGAUGCAUUUAGUUUUCAAAGCAGAACAUAAUCAUCCUCUUAACAACAGCUUGUGCCACUGUAAAGACAUGUUGCUUUCAGGAAAGGACUUUUUAAAUUUGAGAUAUUUUGUACAUAUUUCUGAGCAAAAAUGUGCUGUUUACAUGCUGAGUUUUUUUGCUGUUUUAUUAUUAAACUGGUGAAUAGAGAGGACUCCACUGCUGUCGGAAAUCACUGCACUUCUGCAGCUUCAUAAAGACACAAUGGCUUGAUGAGCCUGUGUUUCAGGAUGUUGCAACAGCUGCGUAGAUGCAUGGAGUAUUUUCUCUCUGUUUACUUUUUAUCACUGCUUUUGAACCUGCUAUGGAGACUGGAAGAUACAGAAUCAUUAAGCCAUAAAUGUGCCUUACAGAAAGGUCAACACACUCCUGCUAAGUCUGUUAUUAUUAUUUCAGCCAUUUUGAGCAAUUUUGCUUUCUCUUUUUGGGCCCAUACAUUUAGGAAUCUCGAGACUGAUCUGCUGCUCGCUAAGUGGUGUUUUUUAUUUUCAGCUGUGUGUCAACUGUGUGUCAUGAUGAAUGAGAAUCAGUAGUCGGAAGCAAUAUUUUCCUAAAUGUUUUGUGAACCGAUGAAUCCUUUUUCUGGGCUGAAAUGGAACUGCUCUCACAAGCUUAACUGCAGCAUGUUAGCCAAACGUUACAUCCCACAAAGAAAUGUCUGUCUGUCUGUUUGUUGUUUGACUGAGCUUUGUUAUUAAUUAGAGGUAGCUUGAGGCAUAUCAUUGAAGUGUGAUGAGUGCUCAAGACCUUGACGGACUGGAUUUUCUUUUUUUCUUUUUUGGUGUUGUUCAACCGGCUGAUGUAAAAAGUCCAAAGUUGAAGUUUUUGUUGUAAAACUGUAACUUUGGACUUUUUACAUCUGUUGGUUGCUAAAGACUGUGACAGACUAGAUUUAUUUUGGUGUUGUUACAAUCAACUGAUGUAAAAAGUCCAAAGUUACAGUUUUUGUUGUAAACCUUUGUACAUUAACAGGUACAGAAACUUAGGGCAUUGAUUUCAACAUUUGAUGCCAGAAUAUCAGCAGGUCUCAUCUGAGGAAAAGUUUGGUUCAGUUUCUUCAAACAGACUAAAUGAACUGUGUUAUUUGUCUCGUAAGGCCGUGUUGCCUCUUGCAGUUCAGAAAAUGACCUGCAGAGGGAGACAAAGUUCAAAGUCGCCUCUCCUGAGGAAAUAAAGUGUCCUCUUUGCUUUUUGGUUAAGAGCCGAGUCAAAUCUGAUCAUUCUUGCAGCAGUUUACCAUCUGAUUUACUGACGCUGACUGUUGCUGCUGACAUCAGUGGGUCUCCAUGGAGACGUCCAAACAUGUUGAUGUGAUGUAAUCUUUCUUUGGGUGGGAAAACAAUACAGAAACCAAGUUUUCAUCAUGAAAAUGUGUAGGGGUGGAGGUAGAUGCGUCAUUGUUUUCAUCAAGUGGGGACUUUCCUGAACAGAUUUUUAGACCUCCACAGCACUUAAUAGUAAAAUUGAGAAUCUGAACAGGUUUUGUUUUUUAUUUACGGGAGAGGAUGUUAAUCCCACCAGGACAUCCUCCUCUCUGCCUUCAGUGUAUAUUAUCUUGUGGUGCCACCUUUCUGUUGCUGUUUCAGAUGCUCAGAAAACCAAUCAUUCAUAAACAUUCGAUUAAAAUAAUCACCAACCAU